UAAAAUUGGCAUGAAAAUGCUUUCUUUUUUCAAAGUGCCAAUUUUCUUUUCAAGCGGUCCAAAAUAGUCUUUUAUUUGGCGCCAGAUGAUAGUGAGAGGAAAUUAUACAAAAAUUUUCACGAGCUCUGCGCCGAAGCGGUGAUCACAGAUCGGCAAAGCGGCGAGCUCCAUCCGUUUCCUCCUAUCUCUUUCCUUUUAUCUUAAUUUCUCGGGCUAUGGGAGACGAGAUCCCUUCGUGCCCUAGCCCUAUCUAUCUUCUACCACCGGCACCACCGCCGACGCCAUCUCCAACCCCGGAUCCCCUCGAAAGCACCACCAGGAAUGGCGGAUUCACGCCCAACCGGCGUCCUCCAUUACGGUUCACGACAGAGUUUGAUAGCGAAGGCCCUCUGUUCUUGCACAAGGUCUCUUGCAAGUUCUUCGACAGCCUCGCCAAGCUUAAAUUUUCCUUUCAGAACAACACCAAAGGCGAGAUCUUUUGCCCGCAGCUGGGAUUUAUAACCAAGAAUCUCUCAGUUCUCUACGACUUUGAAUCUCGAAACGCUCUUCUGAGGGGGUCUCUGGAUUUGGGCCAAAACUUGCAAUUACGGACCACCUAUGAUGUGCAGGUUGGGCACUAGUCACUUAAUUUCCACCAUU